CUCUUACUAUCUCUUACUGAUAAAAAACGGAUAACUUGUAAACUGAAAAUAUUACUUCAUAACAUGAUUAUAAAUAGUUAAGAAAGGCAAUUUACUCAUUCAAUUCUGAGUCUAUAUGUUGACACACACACACAUACACACACACAGUGACAUACUGAUGGAGAAUAUUUUAAUGGGAAUUUAAAAGGAGGAAAUUAUCAGCAUCAUUAUGAAAGAGUUAAUGAAGAUAUUUGGAAUCUUUACUCUAUUCAAUAUUGUUUUAUGUGGAUUACAUGAAAAACGUCUAUUGAAGUAUUUGUUCGAUUCCAGUCGACCAGAUGCACACAAUCCAAUUGAACGUCCAUCGGCUAAUGAUACAGAAACACUGAAUGUUAGUGUAAAAUUCUUUCUGAAUCAAGUUAUGGAUGUGGAUGAGAAGAAUCAAGUACUGACCACAAUCAUCUGGAUGGAUUUGACAUGGAGUGAUUAUCAUUUCCUGUGGAAUCCUAAAGAAUUUGGCAAUAUAACUACUUUAAAUCUACCGUAUACGGCUGUUUGGCGGCCAGAUAUACUAUUGUACAAUUGUGCGGAUGAGAAAUUUGAUCGUACAUUUCCAACUAAUACAAUUAUCAAACAUGAUGGUACUGUUCAAUGGAUGCCGCCUGGAUUAUUUAAAUCAACAUGUAAUAUAGACAUUCUAUGGUUUCCAUUCGAUGAACAGAGUUGUAUAAUGAAAUUCGGUAGUUGGACAUAUUAUGGUGAUCAAAUAAACUUUCAACUACAGUGUAUCAAUGCCUCUCAACCUGAUUGUACAGAAGUUGGACGUGUCGAUUUAUCAGAAUAUUCACGUAAUGGAGAAUUUCAUCUUAGUGAUGCUUCAGUUCGACGUUAUGCUCAAAGAUACGAAUGUUGUGAUUAUGAUUUUGUUGAUGUGAAAAUAGCUAUUAAACUUCAACGACGUGCACUUUAUUAUGUAUUCAAUUUAAUUGUGCCUUGUCUUUUAAUCUCUGGAAUGGCUUUAAUGGUAUUUAUGUUGCCACCGGAUGCUGGUGAAAAAAUAUCACUAGGUGUAACAAUACUCCUAUCGUUGACCAUGUUUCUACAACUUGUAGCAGAUAAACUUCCACAGACUUCAGAAGCUAUACCAUUAAUUGGAAUCUACUUUUCGUGUACAAUGAUUAUGUGCUCAUUAUCUAUUGUAUUCACUGUACUCGUGUUAAAUUAUCACCAUAGAUCAGCUGAUAUCAUUGCUGUUCCACCUUGGAUCAGAAAUGUUGUCAAUACAUACCUAGCUAGAUUAAUGUUUAUGGAACCGCCAAAACGUUUACAAAUCAUUGAAGUAGAAGAUAUUUCAUCUGAUGGUAAUUCAUCUAUAGAGAAUCUUCUGACUAAAAAAUCUUUGAAUGAUCAAUUUUUACAAGAAGAACAAACUUAUCUUGAUUGGAAUUUAGAUAAUACUAAUAAUCCUGUGAAUAUACAUAAACAAUUGAUCAAUAAUUCACGUACACGUUUAAAUGGAAGUUUAGGGAAUUCAAUGUUAGACAGUGGAGUUGUCGGUGUUGACAAUUUACAUGAAAGAACAUCAAAAAGUUUAAUGGCUAAUGUAUUAAAUUUGGAUGAUGAUUUUCGUGCUACAAUACCAAUAAAUUUACCUGAAAAACAAAGUAUGCUAAGAGAUAAUAUCAAGUCAAAAAUUACAACUGAUCUACCUUCUCCAGUGUCAAAUCAACCACCACCUCCUUAUCGACUUUAUAAUUCAGGGGUAAAUAUUAAUUCAGAAACAUUACAUGAUCCAUUUUCAGAUGAACUCAGUGAUAUAUCUGCAAAUAAUCCUUCACAAGAUACUCCUACAAGAGAUAAACCAGGUAGCACUGGUCAAAAUCAAUUAAAUAUCUAUAAAACUGAUCUAGAAUAUAUUAUUACAGAGUUACGCUUUAUUACUAAAAAAUUACGUGAUGAUGAACAAGAAUCAUUAAUCAGUUUAGAAUGGAAAUUUGCAGCACGUGUUAUUGAUCGAUUUUGUUUAAUAAUAUUCAGUGUGUUCAAUAUUGUGGCAACAUUUGCAAUUUUAUGUUCUGCACCAAAUUUAGUAGCUUCUUUUAUGCCUUAACUAAAUUGAUGCAUAUUAAAAUGAUAAUAUUAUGAAAUAUUUUAGAGUAUAGUUGUAUUACAGUGUAAAGUAUUCACUUAAAUCAAUAUCCCAGUAAAAGAAAAAGUAAACCAGUACAGCCUUACUAGUCUUAAGUUAUCUACACAAUAUACAUUUAUUUUUACAAGUGGAUCAUUCUAUUAUUUAAACCAAACACACACACGUACACACUAAUGUACUAGUUUUAACAUUGAAAUGAACUGUAUAAAUGCAGAAUUGUGCAUUUUAUUUAGUUGUUUCGCAAGAUACUACUUUUUGCCAUUUUCAGUAGUUAAAAUUAUAUCUUCGAAUUAAGAUGUGAAACUUGAUUUUUACAUCUGGAAUUACCUCACAAGUUAGCUUAUUUUAUUCUUUAAUGAUUUGAAUAGAUUACUGAGUCUUUCAUGUGAUUUUAGAUGGAUGCCGAUUACAGUAAUCAAAAGUUGAAGUUAUUAUACAUGAGAAAGAAUUUCCCUACUUUCUGUUGUUUUUUUAUCAUCCUAACUAUCUACUUAUAAGUAGUGUUAUUAUAGGGUCUGUAAAUUAGUUAUCCUGUGUACCCAUGUGUUAACCUUUUUUGUAGCACUUCGACUUAUGAUGUUGAUAGUAUUUUACUGUACUCUUUUUCAUCUCAGUGUAUGUAUGCAUAACAAUGUGUUUGUGCGUAUGUGCAAUGGUUAGAUAUUCUGCUGAAUAGGUGAUUACUUUCUCUGUUUUCUUAGAAAUUCUUAAAAAUCAUCUCCUUCCAAUUUAUUGUUCAAUGCGUCUCUUUAUUUUAAUUAAAAAGUACUUUUGGGAUAU